UCUCUGGCAGAUGCUUGAAAGGAAAAGAAAGCACUUUUGCCGACCCUCAGCUAACACUCGAGACAUACACCACAAGUCCACAACCACUCAAGAUGACCCCAUUGGGACUGGUAUGGACAAUGGUGUGUUUGAUGACAACAGAAGCCAAGUGAAACAGUUCAGCUGUCACGAACGUCAUCAGGGAAAUGACCGGACCAAGGUGCAGCGUGUGUCCCGCCAGACACUUUCAGAGUCCGACUUUGUCCACUUCCCCCAGAUAAACGACACAGAGGUCCUCACCUGUGAGUGUUCCAGCCGCUCCUGCCAGACGGUCUUCUGGUUCCGCACUCUCCACAACAACCUUGACAUCCAGUUCCUUCUCAGCCUCAACAAUGCUGGCCGGACCAGCCAUGAACCCAGUGUGGACGAACACCGAUUCAAGGCCAGUAAGCGGGAUGGGGGAAGCAAGAUUACUUUCACACUGCGCCUCAUUAACAUAAGUUCAGAGGACGCAGGGCUGUACACCUGUAUGCUCCAGAACCAGAAAGAGAACGAGCUGUGGAGGCCAGGAGUUCUUCUCAGACCUGGAGGUGAGAGUAACCCAUUCCCCUGCAUGGCACUGACGCUUCCCAUUCUUCUUAUGGCUGAUUACAGAUGAGAAGAUGAGAUGAAUCCAGAAUUCCUACAUUUCUGACCUAGAACUAGUUACACAACAAUGGAAUGCACUCUCUUACACUAUACUACUUUAUUAUUAUUAUUUUAAUGGCCCGAGAACAGACCAAUUUCUUGAUUUUCAAUAUUCUCCCGAAACAGUUUAAUUCAGAUUUCGCUUUGUAUCUCUUCACAGAAUUGGGUUGGAAUUCAUUUAAUUUCUAGUGAAGUCAGGACAUCAGUGGGCAAUUCAGCCUUGUUAUCGAAAAUAAAAAGCAAUUAGAAGUUAAUAUUCCUCUGUGCCAGUUGAGUUAACGUCUAAGUUUCUUCAUCUGUCCAAAUCUCUCUCCAUGAUCUUUUGUGCAUUUUGUCUCUCUCACAGUGUUUCUUAUAUCCAUCACAUUGUGUAUUUUUGUGACCCACCAGAAACUCGGCCAACAUUACUCCCCAUCACAAAGCCUCUGCCCCAAGGCAUCUGUCACGUUCUGACCUUAGUUCCUUUGUUUUGUCUUUUGUUUUAGUAUGGUCAGGGCGUGAGUUGGGUGGGUUGUCUAUGUUAGU